AUGCAAAAAGCUGGCAGCAGACAGACAACUUAUUAUGUGGGAGACUUCAAUGGACAUGUGAAUGAACUGGAUGGAUUCACUGACCAGAACGGGCAGCUUAUGCUACAACUGAGUGAGAAGAUGGAGCUCGUCGUCGCGAACCUGGAACCACGAUGUUAUGGCCAGGUAACCUGGUGUGCCCGUGGAAGCGCUACGUGUAUUGACUAUGCCCUGGUGUCGGCAGGCCUUCAUAGCUUGUUCAGGCAAAUGGACAUUGAUGAGAAAGGUAUACACAGCUUGGGCAGCGACCACAAUCGUCUGCUAAUCGAGUUCAACUGCGCGGGUAGCUCGGCGCCCCACAGCAACGUUCGAAAGAAACUGGGCAAGUACUUGCCCAGCCAAGCCGUUUUGGGUGUCGCGGACGACUUCGAGAAGAGUCCGUUAAGAGACCAAGCUGGGACCUAUGAUGACUUUGUGGCGGCCUUGUCCUCAGUCAUGCAAAAACAUAUGGUCUGGGAGAGGCACCGUACACGUGUGGCACGCAAACCUUGGUGGGAUGCGGAAGUGAAAACUGCAUGGCAAGCCCGCCGUGAGGCGAACCGACGCCACCGUGCCCUAGUCAAGAAGGGAGACGGAGAAGCAUGUUUGAAAGCUUGGAGUGAGUACCUCGACUUGAAACACAAGCUUCAAACACUGGUUCAAGGGAAGAUUGCCAAACAUAAUCUCCGUCUUAUGGCCUCUCUAAGGGAAGAAGGCAAAGCAUCAUCGCAAAAGUUCUGGCGAUAUGUGCAGUCACUAGAUUGGAAGGAUAAGCGCCCUGUUCAGCUGCGAAAUGCUGCCACAGGGGAACCAGUCGUGGAGCUGAAAGAGCAUCUCACCGCUCACCUGCUACGCUUAUAUGGUCAUACAGACGGAAGCGAGGAUGGGACUCAAGUAGAGCCAACGCACACGCAUGUGCCCGGGCCCCUUCCGGAGAGGCUGUCAACCGAAGAGUCGGGUGUGCGGUGGCGGGUCAGCAAGGGUGAAAUUGACCGGGCAUUGAAGCGGAUCAGUGCCCAUACAGCACCUGGUCUGGACGGCUUGCCAGCUAGAAUUCUCAAGGUCUUUGGCAAGGAGACCAAAGAACAGCUUGCUGGCUUGUUCUCCAAUAUCAUUGAAGGUGCGCCAAUCCCAAGGGAGUGGUGCCUUGGCCGUGUGGUAUUUAUACCAAAGAAAGGAGGCCAGUCUGACCUCAUCGAAGACUACCGCCCACUAACGGUUACAAGUGUCCUGUAUAGGCUCUUUGCAGGCAUCUUGAAACAGUGGAUAAGUGGUUGGGCAGAGGCUAAAAAUUUGCUUACAGAGAUGCAGAAUGGCUUCCGUCCAGGCCGGAGACUGGAGGAUAAUUUGUUCGCUCUCACUGAGUGCGUGUCGAUUGCAAAGGCAGAGCAGCGGCCCCUCCUGUGCUGUUUUCUGGACGUGGAGAAGGCGUAUGAUAAUGUUCCACACGCUGCACUCUUUGAGAGCCUGUCUACAAUGAAUCUUCCAGCUCCUCUGCUAACAACGGUGCAGCGCCUGUAUGAAGACAACACGGCCAUUGCCCACUUCGGGAGUGCGCAAUCUUCGCCUGUCAAGGUCACAAGAGGUCUCCGUCAGGGAUGUCCGCUAUCCCCACUGCUGUAUAUUCUAUAUGUGGCCAACAUGGAGCGAAAGCUCCUCAGUAGUGGUCUUGGUUUCCAGCUGAAAUACAGUACAGUGGGGGUAGACGAGAGGUGCAGACUACCGGGGCUCGCCUUUGCUGACGACCUUGUGUUGAUGGCGGAGUCUGCUCAGGACCUUCAGGACCUCAUUCACAUCUCCCAGGCGGAAAUCACGCGCCUUGGGCUCCGCUUCAAUUGUAAGAAAUCUGCAGUGGUCCCCCUCGCUGGCACAUGUGCGGAUGAGGUCACUCUCAGGCUCGGAGGUGAUGUCCUAAUGGUGUGUGCGACGUACAGAUACCUGGGAGUGCAACUUUCCAGUGGACCGGAGCUGUUUGGCCAACAAGAGGAAAUCCUCCGGCAGAAGGCACUUCGGGCCCAGUCCAUCCUCCGUCGACAAUGUCUCUGGGGGUGCAAUCGACUUGUGAUGGUUCGGGACCUUUGGAAGAUAGUGCAUGUGCCGGCGUUGACGUUCGCGAAUGCUGUGCUAUGCCUUUCGGCAGUCACGCGGGAAUGGCUUGAGCGACGACAGCGGGAGGUUGGCCGGAUAGCUCUCGGCUGCCAUGGUGCUGUGGCCAACGAAGCUAUUCAGGGUGAUCUCGGCUGGUCGAGCUUUGAAGCUCGGGAGGCGGUCAGCAAAAUUGCCUACCGUGGCCGCUUGCUCUGCAUGCCCAGAGAGAGAUGGGCGCGGCGUGUUUUUGACUACCUGUCUGCAACAUGCAUGCGCACCCCGUGGGUGAGGCGCCUCUACCGCAUCGAGAGCAAGUUCGGCCUCUUUCGCGCCCCUCUCAGCGCAAACUCAUCCGCCGAGUGGGCAAAACAGGCGCGGGAACGAGUGCGGGAAGAAGAGGAGGCACGUUGGAUCCACAACAUGUCGGAGAAGUCGACGCUAUCGGUGUAUCGGUGCCACAAGAACAGUAUUGGCAUGGUACACUUGUACGACAACUCCCUUGGCAGCAAGCUACUAUUUGAGACGAGAGCUGGUGCACUCCGCACACUUGUACGCCUUAAGGCUAUUAGCAAGGACGUGAGCGAUGUGCGGUGUCGUGUGUGUGGUCUACAGGACGAAACUAUCGAACAUGUGGUACUGCGGUGUGAGGGCAUUUGCCCAGCGAUGACGGAUGGUGCCUCUCUGGAAACUGCUCUGGGCUUCGAACAGGCCGGCGGAGACGACAGUCGGCGUAGUGUGGACAGAGCCGCGGUCGCAGCGACAAAGGGCCGCCUCGAAUGCUGGCGAGCGGCUGUUGCGGCGAGACAUUCUUGA